AUUUCACCAAAUAAAAGUUGCUUCAUAAUUAUCAACAUAUUUAUAAUAAAUAUAAUAUAUUUUCAUCACCAAUUUAUAGUAAAUAGAACUGUUAAGAGAUUUUCAUUGGAAAAUUAGUGAAGUUAUGGAUUUCAAAGGCAACCUUGAAGGAUUAAAUCAUGUUCAGGAUAACUGCUUGGAGGAUGCUACGAUGAAAUCUUCCCUAUUGAAUGAAAGUAACAAAAAUGAUGAAUAUCAGCGAAUCAAAUUCAAGGAAAAUAAGAAUGAUCUUGAUGUAUGUUUUGCUAAUUUUUGACCUACUUGAUUUAUUCUUAACUUAUUAUUAUUGAUAUUAUGUGUGUGUGUGUGUGUGUGUGUGUGUGUGUGUGUGUGUGUGUGUGUGAACAGAUGGCUGCCAAAGCUGAAAAAUGGAUGGGAGUUUUGGUUAAUAAGGAAUUUGAUAACAAAAGCUAUAUGGGUAGUGUUGUGAAUUACUGUGGUGAAACCAAAUUAUUCCAGAUAGAUUAUGAAAAUGAUGUAUCUGAGGAAGUAGACUAUCAAGAGCUACAAAAAAUUGUAGCUCCUCCACCACUAGUUUGCGAGUAUCUAGAAAGGAUUAAUCCAAGUGAAAUGGAGAAGGAAAAGAAGAAACGACAACAGCAAGAAGGUUCAUGGGUUCCAGUCCAUCCAAGAUACCCAUCAACUUUUCAACAACAGGUGAAACCCAAGAAGAGGAAGUGCAAAAGAGAAACUGGCAGUGGUGCUUCAUCCACUGGCUACAUACCUCUGGCAUUUAGAGAGACAAAGAGGGAUGCCUAUAUUUACUAUUAUAAGUGAGGUUUUGGUGUUGUUUAAGUUUCAAAAUCAUAUCAUAUCAUCUACAACUUUGCAAACUAGCGAGUUUGGUUAUCUUAUUUGGUACUUUUGGAUUUCAAGUUCAUUUUAAUAUUUUGACAUUAAUGAAAAUUUUAGGUUUGUCAUUUUUCUUUUCAUUUUUAAAUGAUAACUUUAAUGUCUAUGUUGAUUUGGCAAA